UGCAUUUAUUAAAUAAUCCAAUAAAUUACAUUCAAAUGCGACAAUCGAGCUAGAAAUGUUUUUGAGUUCUAUCGGUCAAUUAUAAAAUGUCAACCACAUGAGAACAAUGUGCCGUAAAACUAUGAAGCUAAAAUACAAACGUAAAAAACAACACGUGAAAACGCGCAAAACUAUGCAAUAUAAAUAAAUGUAGUAAAUAGCCGUUAUUUCAAAUUAAUUUAUAUUGGAUAUUUCGAAAACGCAACGGCGUGUGUAUUCAAAAUGCAAAUGCCAAAUAUAUUUAGACAAUUAAAACAACACAAUUUCCUGGUUACGGUUGCAAUCUAUAUGCAUAUAAUAGAAAAAUCAAUUCAAUUAUGUGAUUGUGUUCAUGGCUACAGAAACAAUACAGAGAGCGCCGAGCUGGUUUCUCAUUAUGAAUCAAGUCUAUCGCUGCCAGAUAUAUUGCCCAUCCCAUCCAAAACCUAUGACAAGAAUCGCGCACCUAAGCUGCUGGGCCAGCCGACCGUUGUUUAUUUUCAUGUGACUGUACUCUCACUGGACUCGAUCAACGAGGAGUCCAUGACCUAUGUGACGGACAUAUUUUUAGCACAAAGUUGGCGCGAUCCGCGUCUGCGCUUGCCGGAGAACAUGAGCGAACAGUAUCGCAUAUUGGACGUGGAUUGGCUGCACAGCAUCUGGCGACCCGAUUGCUUCUUCAAGAAUGCCAAAAAGGUUACAUUCCAUGAGAUGAGCAUACCCAAUCAUUAUCUCUGGCUCUAUCACGACAAGACCCUGCUAUAUAUGUCCAAGCUGACGCUGGUGCUGUCGUGCGCCAUGAAAUUUGAAUCCUAUCCACACGAUACACAAAUCUGUUCCAUGAUGAUAGAGAGCCUAUCUCAUACGGUGGAGGAUCUGGUAUUCAUUUGGAACAUGACCGAUCCGCUGGUGGUGAAUGCUGAGAUCGAGCUGCCACAAUUGGACAUAUCCAAUAACUAUACGACCGAUUGUACCAUUGAGUAUUCAACAGGCAACUUCACCUGCCUGGCCAUAGUCUUCAAUUUGCGUCGACGCCUGGGCUAUCAUUUGUUUCACACCUAUAUACCCUCGGCCCUGAUUGUGGUCAUGUCAUGGAUAUCGUUUUGGAUCAAACCGGAGGCCAUACCGGCGCGUGUUACCCUGGGCGUCACCUCGCUGCUUACGCUGGCCACACAGAAUACACAAUCCCAACAAUCGCUGCCACCGGUGUCAUAUGUUAAGGCAAUCGAUGUAUGGAUGUCCUCCUGUUCGGUUUUUGUAUUUCUAUCGCUAAUGGAGUUCGCUGUGGUUAAUAAUUUUAUGGGACCGGUGGCCACCAAGGCAAUGAAGGGUUACUCGGAUGACAAUAUCACAGAUCUGGAUGACUUGAAGUGCGUCUUUGCAGCACCAUCAUCGGGAGUCUAUUAUAGAGCCACAAUAUGAUACCUUCUGUCAUGGUCAUGCUACCGCCAUCUUUAUAGAUAAAUUCUCGCGCUUUUUCUUUCCCUUCUCGUUUUUCAUCCUCAACAUUGUUUACUGGACGACGUUUCUUUGAUCCAAUGUGGAGGCAGCUCUUAACUAGUCAUUAAGUAAAAUUAAAAAAAAAUCAUAGAAAGCGCAUUUGUUUAAAAAUGUAUAAAGUUUGUAAACCACAAAUGAAUUUGCAAGAAAAAUAUAUGAUAUACGUAUAAAUAACAUAUAUUACAUUAUUGUAUUGUAUAAAUAAAGAAAGGCGUUUAUUAAUUAAAUUUAAUUCAAA